GAUUGGCGGAGCGUGGUGGUGUCGCUGUCAUUUCUGAAACGUAAAAUCAUCCGAUGUUAUGGAAAGUUGCAAAUUUAAUUCACCUUCCGCAAAUUGUGUCUUCUUUAACUGUUUGUGAUACUUUAUUAAAAUAACACAUAUUAUUCUGAUUAGUUAUUAAAUUUGCCUUAUCAUCACCUUAAAGAGCGUGCUUCACGAAUUCAUUUCCUGUGUUUAUAAAUGUGUGGUUAAUUUAUUAGUCGAUCGCAAUGAAAUUGUACAAGCAAAGACUCCUUUCUGAUGCCCAGCUGAAGAGAUUGAGCGAACAUCAGUAUUCUUGCCAAAGUUGUAGUAUUUUAGACACGUUUCUGCAGUCGUAUUGGAAUUGGUUAGUCUCAAAAGUGCCAAUUUGGCUAGCUCCUAACCUUAUAACCAUCCUUGGUCUCGUCAUAAACAUAAUUACAGCUUUGAUAUUAGUGUGGUAUUCACCUGAUGCGAAAUUAGAGGCCCCUAGAUGGGCCUGUGCCUUAUGCGGCUUAGGUUUAUUCAUAUAUCAAAGUUUAGAUGCCAUAGAUGGCAAGCAAGCCAGAAGAACGGGUACUGCCAACCCACUUGGUGAAUUAUUUGAUCAUGGAUGUGAUUCAAUAUCGACUGUUUUUGUUGCUCUUUCCGCUUGCAUAGCUGUCCAACUGGGUUACUACCCGGGAUGGAUGUUUUUCCAGUGUUUUUGUGCUGUGACUCUGUUUUACUGCGCCCAUUGGCAGACUUACGUCUCGGGUACUCUGAGAUUUGGGAGAGUGGAUGUUACUGAGGCUCAGUUCACUAUAAUGGGCAUUUUGGCAAUAUCCGCUAUAUUCGGGCCAAGUGUGUGGUCGACGAAGGUGUCUGUGUUCGGAGUGGGUUUAGAUAUAAACCAGGUGGUUUGCACGGUAUUUUACCUAGGCUACCUGCAGAUUUUAAUAGCGUUCUUUGAUAGGCUGAAAAUCGGAGGCAUAGGAAAGAACGGCUCAACAGUUGCAGGAACCAGUGUAUUAUCUCCCGUUAUACCAUUCUCAAUGGUCCUAGUACCCGCGUUUAUAAUAUACCAAAAAUCUACCCAGGAAAUAUACCAGAACCAUCCCGCAUUAUAUAUUCUGGCCUUCGGAUUGGUCGCUGCCAAGGUCACGAAUAGACUUGUGGUGGCCCAUAUGACCAAAAGCGAAAUGGACUAUAUGGAUUGGUCACUGCUAGGACCGACGAUGUUAUUUUUAAAUCAGUAUUUCAACACAUUCGUCAAUGAGUACUAUGUUUUAUGGUUAUGUUUGAUAUGGGUGUCUGUGGACCUGAUGCGCUACUGCUACCAGAUCUGCCAAGAGAUUUGCGAUCACCUCCACAUAGAGCUAUUCCGAAUACCAUAUCCUGGCGGGCCGCAGAAGGUGAUCCCACCCACCUCUUCCGCAUUGGAGAAAAACGUAUAAUCGGCAACCUCGGCCUCCAUACCAGUUUUUACACAAUGAUUAGGUGAUUUUUCUCGUAUAAUUUUGAUUCCAGUAAUUAGGACUGUUACCCGCUAGCAUAAUGUCGCUUAUAAAUUAAAUUUUUAGCCCCCUUCAUAUAUAUUUUUUAUAUUCACGAUUCGAAUCUAACAUAUUAAAGAAAUAUAUUUUGUUUAAUGGAGUUGAAAUAGUGGCGAUCAUGGUCCUCUAUCAAACUUUGUAUUGUGCGAUUCCCAACCCGAUACCUGCUUGUGUAAAUCAGACGCUCCUCUCAGAGGAGAGAAGUCCAAUAACUGCCAUCGAGUGCAUGUGUUUUUCCUUGUGUCUGAUAUUGAAAUCACAAGGAGUUUACACUUAGAUAAAGUAUUUAUUUUGUGACUAGAUUUAGAAUCUCUGUACCAAUACGUAGCGUUGAAAAGGUUGUAAAUUUAUUUCCUGUGGCGUAUAUCCAGCUGCAUCUGAAAUUUUAUAUCAUAUGAAAGUCUAGAAAGACUAUCUUUUAUUUAUUAAAUUUCAAAUUCGAGUUCAAAUUUGAAAUUUCAAGUUCAAACUUAGUUUCGUUAAGUUCAAACGAAAUUCCUAAAUUGAACCUAAACUUUUGGGUUUAAACUCAAAUUGAAAAGUUUCAAACUGGAAUUUUUAAAUUCAAACUAGAAAUGUCAAGCUGAAACUCGAAAUUUGAAAUUUAGACACAAAAUUAUUAAUUUGAACUAAAAAUUUUCUAUUCAAACACGAAAUUUUCAGUUUGAACUUAAUAAUAUCUUGAGUUUUAUCGAGUUCUAACAUGAAAUUUCCAAUUUGAAGCUCAAAAUUUCAAGGUGACCAUUCUACAUUUAUCAAAUCAAAUAGGGAUUGUUUUCUUGCACCGCUAUUACAUUUUUAUUUGAAAUAGUUUUUAUUGGGUUAAAUAAUUUUAUCCAAAUUACACUUUUUUUAUUUAUAUACUUCUUUGCACACAUACGUUUCUAAUCUUAUAAGGUAUUGGAAGACAAUUUGUGAGCAUUGCAGCUGUCUAUACGUCUUGAGCUACAUGAUCCACCCGAUAUAUUUGGCAUAGAAGUAGUUUAAAAAACACGCACACCAAAUUGUUAACACCAUGUACAGUUUGACAUAAAUUAUUACAUUAUA